AUUGACAGACGUCAAACGCGUGUACGCGUAUCAAAGCAAAAGACGGGCAAAGUUUCAUCGAAGAGCUAGAAAAAAAGUGAUAAGAAAUUCUAAUUCUACGGAUUUGGUGAGAAUUAUUAGAAUAUACUGUUGUAUUUCCAAAGAAACUUCCCCUGUGGGACUCUUUCCCUUUCCAAUUGCGGACGAGCAGCAAAUAUUGCGGAGGCAUCGUUGUUUGAUGCAGUUUUGAUUGUUAAUCGAGAAAAAACUGUAGCCGCAAAAAGUAUGAGGAGCAAACGUCAAAAUCUGUUGGCCAGCGGAGUUUUCCUGCUGGCAUUUUUGGGCCACCGAAGCGCUGUGAAUAGCGUUGAGCUGACGUUCGAACUUCCCGACAAUGCCCGCGAGUGCUUUUUCGAGGAAAUCAAGAAAAACCAGACGGCUACUCUGGAGUUUCAGGUUGUAACCGGAGGGCAAUACGAUGUAGAUGUGCAGCUGGUCAGUCCUACGCAAGAAAUUCUCUACAAGCAAGUCAAAACACAGUUUGAUUCCCACCAGUUCACUGCUCAGGCCACUGGAGUCUAUGCCGCGUGUUUCAGCAAUGAGUUCUCCACAUUUUCACACAAGCUCAUCUACAUGGACUUCCAAGUGGGCGAUGAACAGCCCCUGCCGGGAGUUGACGAACACGCUACCGUGUUGACGCAGCUCGAGUCUUCGUCGCAAGAAAUUCACAAGAGUUUGAAUGCCAUCCUGGACUACCAGACUCAUCACCGAUUACGGGAAGCUCAGGGUCGCAAACGAGCGGAAGAUCUGAACGAACGUGUCCUCUGGUGGUCGCUGACGGAAACCGUUGCCAUUCUGGUGAUAGCUGUCGGGCAAGUCAUCGUGUUACGCAAUUUCUUCUCGGAGAAGAAACCCAGUCAGAUGAGCUACCAGCAGUUCAAGUGAAUCCAACUGAGUUUGAAAUAUUAAUCGUUUUUUAAAACUAAUCUUCAAACAGACUGUUUCAGUUUGCGUAGGUAUUUUCACAUUGUUUUCUUCGUCUCUCAAAACGACUAUUGCGUUUGCUCACACGCCACCGACACUAAUUAGAAAGAAGUCUCUUCUCUUCUCUCUUCUCUUGUUUUCUCAUCAACAACUUUUCCAAUGUGUGUUUGUAAUUAGCUAACGUGAAAAUGUGCAUAGAUUAUUACUUAAAAAUGUGUCACCGUUAAACAAGGCCACCCCGUAGCUAAGGGAAUAUGGAUAAAAAGAAAUAAAAUCGUGAUUACGAAAAUUAGUAAUUGUAA